AUGCAUUUGAACACUAUCCGUGAUUACUCUUCGCCGUACCAUCAACGCCAUCGCCCACUCGUUAGGCGAUAUACUUUGAGUGAUUCGGAGUUGAGUCUGCCGUCUGUACGUUUGAACAGACCAGAGUCCUUCACACCAUCUUUGCCCUCAUCACCGUAUGUCCAUCGUGCGUCAGGACACGUCAUCACCACUGCACCGCCGUUUAUACCAUUUCGGACAUACACUGGAACACCACCACCGUUCGCGCCGCCUGCGCUGCACUACUCGAUCUCGCCAUACGCUCCUAUACCUCUUCCCUCCCAAAGCAGCGUUGGUGAGCCUUUUUCUCUGCAUCCACUAUUACAGACAUCCAUUUCGACGACCGUUCUUGAUCUUGAUUUGUCGUCGUCGCCGGACGCUAUACACUCAACUUUGAUGAUAGCAGCGAUGGCGGGGAUAUUUGAUCCAGCUACGCAGCCACCUCUUCCAUCAAUGACCAUCACGCAUCCGUUGUUGCCAUGGUUUAUCACCGUGCAUCGCUCGGUAUCAGAACAUGUCACGGUAUUGGAUGUACUGCAUACGAUUUGCACGGAUUUGAACAAAAGGGUGGAAAGAAGGAGAAGCCAACGGCACGAGCGAAACGGGGAUGGAUUGGAUGCUUGGGAAGGAAGACAAAGGAUCGAGUUUCUCCAAGGAAGGUACAGAUUCCGUGGAUUGAGAGGAAUUCAGAGUGGGGAGGACGUUUGGGAGCUAGUGACUGAGUGA